AGUUCGGAGUUCCCACUAUCAACAUGCCUACCUAGAACGCCCGUGUCUCAACAUAGUGAACGAACUCCAAUCGGACACCGAAACGACGAAUUUAUAGAAUCCUUGCCCGGACCGUUCUCUGUUCGACCUAGGAGGUAGAACCUCGCGAUUCGCUCUACCCACGCGAUCUGAAGUUCACGUCGGCGGAUCUAUAGCGGUGCAAGUUCAUCUUACAUCCUAUGCAUCCAAGACCAUGGAAUAUCUAGUGUUUUUGUGUCUCCUGUCCUUCGCCUCAGCCAGCACUGUUCGCUACCGGAAAUGUCCAUCUGCUAUCGAUGGCUACGUUGAGGUCAAUCGAAUUGCCAUCAAGGGCGAGAUUCGACUCGCUUCGCACAUUAAGGUCGACGCCGAUGCUAAACUCCUCAAGGAUCUCCCUCCGGGCGCGAAGCUGUCGCUUAGGAUCGACAGGGUUGUGAACUUUCUCGGUCAACAUCACAUAAAGAUACCUUGCAUUCAAAACGUCGGCUCAUGUACCCACGACGUCUGCGAUCUGCUCGCGCAGAGCGGAACAUCGCCGGCCCACUUCGACUACUGCGCGUUCUGGCCGAAGGAAAAUGGGCCGUGCGCGUGCCCCGUGAAAGCUAUGGCCAUCAACACCACUGACACGGAUGUCGCCAUCCCAACGCUCGGUCCCAUAGCGAACCUCCUCGGCACUGGGCAUUACGUCGUGAAGGCGCAUUUGUUGGAUGCAGACAAUACCCCAUUCUUCUGCGUGGACAUCGAUAUGAAUAUAGAGUGAUACGCGAUUGGAAAUGAGAAACUCGAUAAAAUAUUCCGUCUGUU